UAACACCGUUACAUUUUAGUCUUGGCAAAUUGACUUUACAUUUCAUCUGCCUCAUAUAUUUAGUGUUAUACUUCAUGAACUAAUCGCUAGAAGGCGCCCUGUAACCUGUAGCUCCGCCAGCCGUAACAUGGCAGCACUGACAACCGCAAAAUGGCGUCUCGCUCUGCACAUUUAUCCCACGUGUUUACCAACUUCACGCGAGAACUGCGCUGUCAUGCUGCUAAAUGUCAGUCGCUGUGUUUUGUGUUGCGUCCGGCGGGGUCCCGGUAACCCCUGGAAUAAAUGGGCUCGUGUGGCGGGACGCAGAGUCGGUGCACUAAAUUCGGGCGGCCAAGCGCGAUGCAUGUCCGCAUUGGAACAAGCGCUGAACAGCGAGGCGUGGGAUCAUUUUAUUCAGCGUCUUGAAAAACUGGCAACAACUUUAAAUAACUCAGAUGUUUCUCAUCAUGUAGCGAGUUCCGAGUCGGGUUUAAGGAACGAGGAGCGCGAGUGUAGUAAAGAAAGUAACAGCGCGUGGUGUCGCGCGGGGGCUCAAGGACACCAGGGGAGAAACGCGUGGGAUGUCCGCCGCCUGCUCCCUCCUAUUCAGGAACUGAGGCGAAAGGAACUGGAGCAGCAGGAGCUGCAGCAGAUUUUGAAAGAUGAAUGUGAAGAUUUAAAGGCCCUUGCCACUACAGAAAUAGCAUCUUGCAAGGAGGAGAUAAACCAUCUAAAACAUAAGAUUGCCAGGAUUUUAAUAAAAAGAGAAGAAUCGGAGGAUAAUGAUCUUAUUAUGGAAGUGACUGCAGGUGUAGGAGGACAGGAGGCAAUGCUUUUCACUGCCGAGAUGUUCGAGAUGUAUAAUAAUUAUGCAGUUUAUAAAAACUGGAGCUUUGAUUUGCUGGAAUAUUUUUCCAGUGAGCUAGGUGGCCUUCGACAUGCAACUGUCAGCAUUGGGGGCCAUGACGCAUACAGAUGCUUAAAGUUUGAAGGUGGUGUCCACAGGGUGCAGCGAGUGCCAAAGACGGAGAAGCAAGGCAGAAUUCAUACAAGUACAAUGACUGUUGCAAUAUUACCUCAGCCAAGUGAGAUUAAUUUGGUGAUUAAUCCUAAAGAUUUAAGAAUUGAAACAAAAAGAGCCAGUGGAGCUGGGGGUCAGCAUGUAAACACCACAGACAGUGCGGUGCGGAUUGUUCACAUUCCAACAGGUGUAGUAUCAGAGUGCCAGCAGGAAAGAUCCCAGCUGAAAAACAGAGAAAAGGCAAUGCAAGUACUUCGUGCAAAAUUGUACACUAUGAAGCUAGAAGAGGAAACAAGCAAACGAUAUAAUGCAAGAAAAAUACAGAUUGGCACUAGAGGAAGAUCUGAAAAAAUCCGUACUUACAACUACCCACAAGACCGUGUCACAGACCACCGAAUCGGCAAAUCUUUACACAACAUUGAAGGAUUCAUCUUUGGAGAUGAACUUUUAGAUGAAAUGAUUCAGUAUCUCAGUGAAUAUGCAGACUAUGAAUCUUUAAUGGGAAUUAUUUCAGACUCUUCCACUGAGCAUCAGCAAAUAAAUUAAUCCUGAUCAACCAUUGCAAUAAUACAAAAAAUUACCAAUUUA